AACAACAACAACAAAACUCUUGAUUAUUCUUAGUUCAGUUUAGUUUUAUAUACAUUAUGUUUUAUUAUAUUGUACCCUCUGUUACUAGUAUUUUUAUCGUUUAUUUCAUAUUCCAUAUUAUUAUUACUAUUUUUUUUUUUUUUUUAGUUAUUUAUCUCUACAACUUGUGUUUCUAUAUAUCAUCUUAUUCAAUAUACAUUCAUUCUUUUUAUAUUAUUAUAUAUAUUAUUGCGUUAUGAUUCUAUUAUUAUAUGUAUUUCUUUUUCGUUGUGAUAAAUAUGAUUUUU